AUGUCUGACCAGGCGAGCAGUAUUGUUGCCCGCGAUAGGCCAUCAUCUGGAUAUGUGGAUGAACUCUCGCACAGAGCAUCUCCCCAACAUGUGUCAAGUCUGGCAGGUGUGCUGGGACCUCAACAGGAUCAAGGUCAUCCUCCCGCGUCCAGAAGAGAGGCUGACCUUCUGAAUUGGACUGUACGCGACGAUGGUGCCUUGGCGAUUGCACGAUCGACAAACGCUCUGUCGGAGUCCAAGGUCAAGCCACUUGAUCUUGCAGCGUGGCCAGUGUUGGAUGACAGACUGGUCCAUAUCCUCCUGCCAGUACAACUUCACGUUGAGUCUGAGCCUGCGGUACUCGAGGUUAUUGCUGAUGUAGGCUGGGGAAGUCAUGCUUUCGAUAACCAGGGAUCAUGUACGCUUGCGCCCAAGUCUGCUGUACUUGUUCUGGAUGGCCAAACACUGGCAAACCUCAAACAAACGAGUCGGCAGAAGUACUGCGAUGCCAAUCACAAGGAACGAGUGUUCACCCGGACAGCUCGUGAUGUUGCCAGCUGGGAAUUUGAGCCAGAGAAGUAUUCGGCUACAGGCACUAUCACAGUCGAGGACCUCCACACUUCCUCACAAAUUGAUACAGGCCACUCCAACCCAGCCUUGCCAACAGGUAACUUGGAAGGCGUGAUAGCGUGGUGGGGAAACGUCUUGGUUGGAUGUUACGGUACCUAG